GGUGGGACGUUUUUUCAGCUGCCAGUCAGGCCCUUUAUAAAACUUUGUGUACCUCGGUGAGAGGUCAGUUUCUACUUCGACUGUGACUGUGAAGAGAAUAACAGAAGCAACAAUGCUGCCUCUUCUAGCCGUGUUGACCGUGUGCCUUGGAGCAGCCCUCUCGGCCCCCAGCCUGGACCCACAGCUGGAUGACCACUGGGACCUGUGGAAGAGCUGGCACAGCAGGAAAUAUCAUGAGAAGGAGGAGGGCUGGAGGAGAAUGGUGUGGGAGAAGAACCUGAAGAAGAUCGAGAUGCACAACCUGGAGCACUCAAUGGGCUCACACUCCUACCGCCUGGGCAUGAACCACUUUGGGGACAUGACUAACGAGGAGUUCAGGCAGCUCAUGAACGGCUACAAGCUCAAAGCAGAGAGGAAGGUCCGGGGGUCCCUGUUCAUGGAGCCCAACUUCCUGGAGGCCCCACGCUCUGUGGACUAUAGGGACAAGGGCUUCGUCACUCCCGUUAAGGACCAGGGUCAGUGUGGUUCCUGCUGGGCCUUCAGCACCACCGGAGCUCUGGAGGGUCAGCUCUUCAGGAAGACGGGCAAGCUGGUGUCGCUGAGCGAGCAGAACCUGGUGGACUGCUCCCGACCCGAGGGCAACGAGGGCUGCAACGGCGGCCUGAUGGACCAGGCCUUCCAGUACGUCCAGGACAACCAGGGCCUGGACUCUGAGGACGCAUACCCCUACACUGGAACAGACACCCUGCCGUGUAAAUACGACCCUGCGUACAACUCUGCAAACGACACGGGGUUCGUGGACGUCCCGAGCGGUAAGGAGCACGCUCUGAUGAAGGCCGUCGCCGCCGUGGGACCUGUUUCUGUCGCCAUCGACGCCGGUCACGAGUCCUUCCAGUUCUACCAGUCGGGAAUCUACUUCGAUAAGGAGUGCAGCAGCGAGGAGCUGGACCACGGCGUGCUGGUAGUGGGGUACGGCUUCGAGGGAGAAGAUGUGGACGGGAAAAAAUACUGGAUCGUAAAGAACAGCUGGGGUGAAAAGUGGGGAGCCGACGGCUACAUCUUGAUGGCUAAAGACAGAAAGAACCACUGUGGAAUUGCGACAGCAGCCAGUUAUCCUCUCGUCUAAUGUUUGCACAGCUCCACUUUUAGGUCAAAAAUAAUUGCAAUAGUUUUGGCUGAAAGCGACGGACGCGGCUUCAGUCGGAGCGACGACUUCGGCAGGAGAUUGUACGAUGUUUUAAGAGGAGAAACACUGUUGUUUUUAGGGAAAUGUGUCUGGCUGAUUUUUAUGCCACGUUUUAUUUUGUCUGAAAACAUUUUAGUCGUGUUUUAUUCUUUGUAAAUAUGCGUAUCCUACUUGGUAAGUGAUAAAUUGACUUGCUUCGGUCAUUGUAAAUGAUUUUUGAUUUCUACUUUUUCUGUGAUCAAUUAAAGUUGUGAAACACUAA